AUGGCAAAUUACCAUGACAACAGUGAUACUGAGGAAUCAUUUACAGAUCUUGAAAGUUCUGGCUCAGAAGGCGACGAUUCAAGCUUGGAUGAUUCCAGUGACGAUGACAGCGAUACCAAUACAGAUACAGAUACAGUAAUGGAUGAAACACAAUGGAGGAGAAUCGCAGAUUCUACUGCCCCUCCACCCCCUCGAUUUCCAUUCACAGGGACAACCGGUCUCAAUAUCCCAGGGAAUAUUGAAAGUAUGUCGCCUUUAGAUUUUUUCCAUGUAUUUUUUGAUGAUGAACUGAUUGAACUUAUUUGCACUGAAACCAAUAGAUUUGCUGAGCAAUGCAAUGCAGACCCUGUAACUCCACCUGAACUCAGAGUUUUCUUAGCACUAAAUACUUUGAAAGGAAUUGUGAAGAAGCCUGAAGAAUCCUUGUAUUGGUCUAAAAAUCCACUUCUUAGAACCCCAAUUUUUGCUGAAACUAUGCCUUUCAAAAGAUACAAGAAAAUCAGGCAGUACCUGCAUUUUUCUGAUAAUGAAGCAUACGAUGCAAAUUCGCAUCCUAAUCCCAAACUGAAUAAGAUAUAUCCUAUUUAUGUGCACUUAGAAAAUAAAUUUAGAACUGUCUACACCCCACAAAGAGAUAUUUCAAUUGAUGAGAGUUCUUUCUAUAUAAAGGAAGAUUGGGAUGGGUACAAUAUAUCCCAUUGA